AUGCACUCCCAUUCAGCGCUUUCGUUAAUCGAAAGGAAAAAACUGCAAUGGGCGAAAGAAAAAGAAGAAAUGGCCGAAUUCAAAGUCCCUUGGACAGCCGGCGAGGAAAAUUACACAACUUUGGACAGGAACGCGAGACAAUUCAGACGAUCCAGCCUUCCGCCCCUUUACAAAAACCAAUUCAAUUCCUACGACAAGGAGAAGGAAAUCGGCGGCGAAACGUCGGGCUACGGUAGCGACAAUCCCAAUCAAACGCCCGAGCACGUCCAAACGUGGCACCAAACCGGCUACGAAUCGUCCUCGAGCAGAGACGACAGACCCAAAUGGAGCACCGCCAAAACGUCGGAAUUGGCCAAAUUUUGGCCGCCCAAAGACGAAUCGACCGACGCCAACAACGAGCCGCCCAAUUGGGUGAAAAGGGGCCUCAAGAACGGCGAGAUUAUCGUCAAUAACACGUCCCCCGCCGAAUCCCCCGAGCAAUUAUUCGACGAUGACCGGCCGCAAACCGGAUCGAGUCACUCCAACAACCAUAGCAAUUACCUGCGUGGUCAACACAUCCACAUGGACCCCACGGAACUGGCCGAACGCGAGCGAAAACGACAAUUAGCUCUCGCCCAUCAAUACGCCAUCUUACAACAAUUAAACGAACGCGAGAAGCGACGCCAAGAGGAGAAAGAACGUCGAAUCAAAGAGGAAUACGAGGAGGAGUUGCGCAUCGAGCGCGAACAGGAAAUCGAACGAUCGAGAAAAGAGCAAGAAUCGAAAUCGCUCAGGGACAAACUCGAAAAGAAAAUGAAACGCAAACAGGCCGUCGAGGAGGCGAUGCAAAUCGCCCAAAAGGAAGCCCAACUGGCCAAAUCGACCAAAAACAAACACAACUACUACAUCAACCAACUACAAAAACAAACCGACCUAAUAGAGGAUAAUAAGAAUACCGUAGAAUUAGAAGAUACUAUAACACGUUCGCAAGACAUCGAAACGCUAUCGAACGACUUGAACAACAACCUCGAGAUACCCAAAACCGAUAGCGACACCUCCAACGAACUAAACUCACCCACUUCUCCGAAUCUAAUAGCUCCUCAAACGCUCGCUCUACCCGCCCCACUGGACCUCAAUAUACAACGCGUCCAAUACGCCUUGCUCAUUCCCGCCGCCGCCGCCAAAAUCCUCUGCCACGCCGCCACCCAAACCGACGAGUCCGCCUUCUUCAAGUCCGAAUCGGCCGGAGACGACGAAUCGAAGGGCCGACGGCGGGGCGCGAAGGAGCGGCGCAGCCGCAGCGAGAGCCUCGAGGAGCGGCCCAAGUGGGGCGUCAACCGGCCGCCCACGCGCUACGUGAAGCAGAGCGACAAGGAUCCGUUGUACCGGAGGCGCCAGCAGGAGAAGCAGGAGAAGGCUUCGAGCGACGACAGCCGAACGGCCACGCCGAGAUCGUACAGGAAGAAGGGCAGGACGAGGCAUUCGAGGAUCGAUUGGCGCGCGGGGAGAUCGUCGUGUCGGGCCGAAGUCGUGCCGUUGGGCUACGAUAAGGAGCGUUUGUAUUACGAACGGAGCGAUUACUGUUGCAUUUGCAGGUGCGGCAGGCACAAGUGUUCCGAGUGA